GGCAGUUCAGUUUCCUCUCCUCCACCUGCUUGUCUUAAGAGGACACGAGCUUUUUUUUUUCUAACUCCAGCAUUGUAGCACAGACUUGGAAAGCUGAGCACGAAUGGCUCAUCACACAGCCGCAGCGGGAGUUUAACUAACUUCUUAAAGUCGAGGAUUUGUUUUCCUUCACCUUUCUCCUUUUCCCGUCUGACACAACUCUUCAAAACGUUGUAGUGGUUGUGCUGUACAGAAAAAAAAACUAAGGCAUUAGCACCUAUGGCAUGAGGGUUACCUGUAACUCUGAGACAAUGGCUUAGGAAUACUUCAACUCAUGUUCCGCUGACUAAUUAAAGAGGCGGUUGCUAAGAGAUGAUGAGCGGUGUGGCUGAGGCUCUGUGAUGUGCUUUUGUACCAAUCCUCGGUACUUGGGGUUUGUGAAUUGAAUUUGAAGCACUAAAGAGAAAAAAAGGCAACUAAAGUAGCAUGGCAACUUUAACAGACACCUGCCUAGUCAAGCCUGCGAGAAGCAGUAUCACCAAAGGGGACAGCGUCUCAUCUCUUAGUGUACCCUGGGCUGAAACCGAACAUCCAGAGACUGGGCAGUUAAACAUGCUGGAAAAAGCACGUGAAUUCUUUCAGAUAUGUGAUGUUGAAGAUAAAGGAUUCAUCACUCGGCGGGAUAUGCAGAGGCUUCAUGGAGAAUUCCCACUUAGUGCAGAUGAGCUGGAAAAUGUCUUUGACUCUCUGGAUGCUGACGGAAAUGGUUUCCUCACACUGGAGGAAUUUGCGUUUGGAUUCAGUGAAUUUCUGUGUGGAAGGAAGAUCUCGGUUAGUGAGUUGCAGGAGGAACAAAUAUCAGAUGAGCCAGAAACACUUUACCAAAAUCGAUGGGAAGAGAAGUUAGCCGGAGGGGAAGAUGAUGAAGAAAAGCAUUUCUGCAUGAUGAUGGAAAAGCUUGGUUCCAGCAACCUUUUUGAAGACCAAAAUGAAGUUAAAAGCCUAUGGGGACAUCUGAGAAAAAAUGAAGCUCAUCUUUUGUCAAACUUUGAAGAAUUUUUGUCCAGAGUGUCAUAUCAGAUUCAAGAGGCCAAUGAAGAAAAGAAGGAAAUGGAAAGUGCACUGAAGAGGAAGGUAGCUACCCAUGAUGAUGAAAUACAGCGCCUUUAUGAAGAAAUGGAGCAACAGAUCAAAAAUGAAAAAGAAAGGAUUCUUUUACAGGAUUCUGAGAAGUUCAUGUCUCGCAGUCAAGAUCUUGAGCAGCAGCUUUCCAGUAAAGAACUGGAGCUAGAACAAAUAAUCCAGAAGCAGAAAAGGCUAGAGCGGCAGUGUAAGGACCUGCAGAGCAUGCAACAAGAGACCAAGGUAGAGAAUGUAAAACUGAAGCACACAAACGAAGAGUUGGGGAAGGAGUUGGAGCGAACCUGUGAAGAACUGAUUCUAUCUCAAGAGCAACUGAAUUUGCUGCAGGAGGAGGCAGCCCGGCUACAUGAGGACAGGGAGAUUGAGCUGUAUAGGGUAACAGAGGGUUUGCAACGAGAAAGAGCAAGCCUACUUAAACAACUGGACCUGUUAAGGGAAAUGAACAAACAUUUGAGAGAUGAGCGUGAUAUGAGUUAUCAAAAACCAAAGAAUUCUGUCAAAAGUUCUUCACAGAACCAGAGAGCUGGAUCAAUUAUUGGUUUGUAUGUUGAAAGAAAGCAGUCACUGAAAAGUGAAGAUGAAGAUGACGUCUUUGCUAAUUCUAAGCGAAGAAAUUCUGGCACUUUGAAUGGUCACAACCAAGUAAACAAAGAUCCUGAUAACAAAUUGGCCAAGAAAAUACAUCUUCAAAGAAUCAUUUCAAUUGAAGAAGAUCAUCUACCCCAGUUCCUAGAGGCAGAGUAUGAGGUCCAGCUAAAUGAGUGGACAGAGGAAGAGGAAGAAGUAGAUGGAACAAAUCAAGAAUUGGUAGCCAAAGCAGACAGGGCUACUGAAGUAGAUUCAAAUGAAGUUAUUGACAAGCAGUCUGCUCAGGUUUCAAGCAGUGAAGCACCCUCAUCUCCAAGAGGGCAACCAGUUGGAAAGGAGACAGUCGGAAAUGAAGAAGGGACACUUUCCACCCCAGAUCGCAUGUUUAAAAUUGUGCUAGUUGGAAAUUCAAGUGUUGGGAAGACAUCCCUCUUGAGACGAUUCUGUGAUGGCUGUUUUUACCCAGGCACCUCUGCUACUGUAGGAAUUGACUACAGUGUAAAAACUGUCACAGUUGAUAGAAGCAAGGUGGCUCUCCAGUUGUGGGACACAGCAGGGCAAGAAAGAUACCGAAGCAUAACAAAGCAGUUUUUUCGAAAGGCUGAUGGAGUUGUUGUAAUAUAUGAUAUUACCUCUGAGUUGACCUUUACAUCAGUAAGACAAUGGCUGAGUAGUGUGCAGGAGGGAGCUGGAGACAAUAUUCCCAUCAUGUUGCUUGGAAACAAAACUGACAAUGAAAGUGAGCGAGAAGUUCAAAUGAAACUAGCGGAGCAGUUAGCCAAGGAUUCAGAUUUAAUUUUUUAUGAGUGCAGUGCAGUUUCUGGUCACAAUGUAAAAGAAUCCAUGCUUCAUUUGGCCAGACUUUUAAAGGAACAAGAAGAUAAGGAGAAAGAAAAGACGAUCCAACUAGCAGAUGAAAAUGCAAAGAAAAAGUCAUGUUGCAGCCGGCAGUGAAACUUUUUCAAGCAGCUCACACAGAUAUUUUACGUAAAAGAGCUCCAGAUGUUUGUUGUUUCUCUUGGGCACAAAGUGAUGUAAAUGUGUGCCAAGUACGUCCUGUACAGUGCUUUCUUUGUUUAUCACUGUUCACUACAAGAGUUUAUGAAUAUGAACUCUGUCAAUAAUCACUUUGAACUAUGUCAAAGCCAAGUCUUGUAAAGUAAAGCACUUAAAGUAAACUAUUAAUUCAAAAACACUGUUUUUUGACUAACUGUAAUAUAAUGAUUAUGUGCAGAGGGAAAAUGUAUAUAUACUGUACAUGUGUUCAGUGAUAUUAACAGAAGGUGAAGGCACUGACAUUUUAUUAAUAGGUAACUUAAUAUAAAAGAGAAAAAAAGAUAUGUUUUAGCAUUACUUUUUGGAAGCAACUGUGUGAAUUUAGAGUUGUUUACAUGUUCAAAGCAUAUAUGAUUUUAUGAAGAUUUUCUUAUUUUCGACAAUAUUAUUUGAUACAGUUCAGUUCCAGUUAAUGCGCUCCAUAUUUGUUUGGGUCCCAACUUUAUGGUGUUUCUGGUUUAAAGCACCACCUCCAAAAUAACUUAAUGCAUCGUACAGUAAAUGCGGACUUCUGCUAACAUUGCCUGAGUGUGUAACUUUGCAGUGAAGUUUUACAUAUUCAUUAAACCUUAAGGAGGAUAUCUCAUUUGGUGAGUUGUUUGAAGUUUACAACUCUAAUAUGAAUAAAAUUAAUGUUUAUGUAAAAUAUAAAAACAAAAAAAAAAAACACUGACAAUUCAAAUUGCAAAUUAAGACUUUGCAUUAAUCCUCUAAUUCAAGAAGUGAGAGUUUGUCUAGCUGUUUCAGACUCGCUUAUCUACAGGAACAGCACAUCUAAUGGAGUGCAGAGGUGAGCACAUCUUCUCAUGCUUGUUUUACUUUUUUCUGCAGACUUGUUUUCCCCCCACAGUCCAAAGGCAUGUUACUAGUUUAAAUAACAGCACCGAAUUGCCCUAAUGUGUGCCGUAAUGUCUCUUUGGCAUCAUUGUAUACACAUUAUAACAGUUUAUGUUUGUUUUUGUGGGUAUGUAUAUUUUUAUCAUAUUAUCCUGGUCAACACCAUUUUGUGUUUUUUUUUUUAAUGGUCUUUGCCACUUUGUGACAAUCCCUGCAUAGCCACUGCCAUAUUGGUUAUGGUUGCUAUUCCCAUGGCCGGUCAGUUGACACAAAGGGCACAUGAUGCUUUAUGACAUCAUGACCCACUUAUAUAUUACAUUAUAUAAGAUAGCAGUGUGCUACUGCAAAACGUUCUAGCCUUGAAUCCCUUUCCAUGUUUUCUGCAUUCUUUUUUGGAGAAAUGGAAGCUAGAAGGUGCUUUAGUGUCGAGGACUUUUUUUUGUUACUGGAUUUGUGUUUUGGAUUUUAUCAUUUGAUUUUCCAUCUGCCUCUUCUGGUAUGCCUAUCUUUUAGAUUUUAGUUUGUUCCUGUCCGCAUACUUGUCUAAUCUCUUGGUUAUUUACUUUUUAAUUUUAUUCCUGAAGACACUCACCUUUGUUACGUGUCCCAGUGAUGGACUGCUGUCCCUCCCAGAGUCAGUUACUGAUGUGCUUCCAUUCCUGUGACUAAAGAGAGUUUAGAAAAUGAAAGAAACUAAAUAAUGUCUUAGUGUUUAUUAAGCAAUGGUUGCGUCAUUUAUCAUCCAGCCGCACAAUUUCCAAAACCAUUUCUCCCAAGAUAUCAAGGCCUAUUGGCCAUAUGGCAUGAACCAAAUGUGAACUGUAAGCUGAUCUGCUGAAGGGCCCAUUCUCAUGCCAACUUUCACUCACACAGUGCUAAUUAGAGUCAACAUACAACAUAUUAUGUGCAUUUAUGAAAAGUGUGAUGUACAAGGAGAAAGUCCAUGUAAACUUGAGAAGAAUGUGGAAAAACCAUACAGAUGGUGAAGAGGCAAAACCCUUAGUCUAAAAAGGGAAGCGACUUCACCCAACAGUUAGUAUCUAAUCAUUUCUUAUCUUCUACUACUGUCAUACUAUAUCAGUUCAUGCUGGGCCCAUCCCAGAAAAUGAAUAUUUUGUAGUUAAACUAGCACUGUGGUACCUGCAGUGCCUCUGAAAACAGAUAUGCUCUGUUUGCUGAAAAUGUUUAUUGAGCAACAACCAAUUGAGAAUACUUGUGCUAAACCCUAAACCUGUGUCCAACAUAAGAACUCUCACUUUUCUCUGCUUCAGUAUAAUAUUGCAGACCCAGCUGUCAAACACUGUAAAUUCCAGCACAUCUGAGGACUUGUCUUUGUUACAUAAUACAUUUUAAAGUUGUGCAGUCAAUAAGACUUUCUGCAGCUGGACUUCUUAGCAGGCUAAAGCCUUCGUGCAGUGCUUUCGAAUGACAGGACUGCUGACAUCUAAAAUAUUUUUAAUGUGUCUCUUCAUGUUAUCCCAAAAUUGACAUUUGUGUUAAAGUCUUCUUCCUUCCAUUUUGAAGCUGACAUCAUCGAGUCUCUGUGCAUUUCAGAGGGGUGCUUGUAAUACUAAUUGAAGAUUUCUAGAGCUUCUAUAUACGCUAAGGUUCUUUCUUUCUCAUACUGCCUUAUCUAUCUAUGUUUGUGUGUGUCUGUGUCCGUCUAUGUAUCUUCAUGUGUGCUCAUGUUUUCGAGUUUCCUGUUGAUCACUCUUUGUGUUUCUUCUGUCAGUGUAUUUUUUAUUUUAUGGCAUAUCAGAAAACUGCAGGAGUUCUUGCUAUUAAAGGCACCACGUGCAAUAAAGUACGUUUGGAAAGGGCUCUUGAAAACCCAUCUCUGUACAACAGGCCAAUGUCGAGUUGGAUUCUAAAAUGCUAAUGAAUCACACGGCCAAAUGUUGAUAAAGACUGCAUGCCAAAUGUUGAUAUCCUGGAGCAGGAGGAAAUGGCAUGUGAGCACCACUCUCCUGUCCACUCAUUCUAGUGUGGGAUGUUAAAUUAAAUGGGUUAGAACGUUAUGUACAGUAUGUUAGUAUAUUGUAUCAUAUGCUGGUGAAGUAUAUACAUUUUAUUUAAUAAAAUAAUAAUGCUGCAUCAGGAUAAGUGGAAUAUGAAUCUGCAAUAAGAAUGUUUAAGAUAAAAUGUUAGUUCCGAUUGAUAGAAGAUCAGGACAAGACUAGCGAUGCACUAAAUUUCAGUUAUAAGACACUAUCAUGCUUCUCUGUCUAUAAAACUGUGUAUUUUUUGUAAAUAUUGCCAAAUGGAAACACUGCCUGAUUAAACACAAUACAUUAUAUGUUAUUAUAUUUGGGAAACUUUUUAUGGACUUAAGAUUUGCUUCUGUAGCAGAACACUUUGCUGUCGAUUAUUCUGAGUUACUCUUAGGUCUACAGCAGUAGAGUGUUGUACCGUGUUAGCCAUAGAUUGAUACACGAGAAAGUGGGGUGAAAUGACACUUUUUCAUUUUUUUUCAGUUUCUUUGUUACACCUUGCCUGAUGAAGGCGCCUGAGCUGCCUCGAAAGCUUGCGUUUGUAAUCUAUUUAGUUAGCCAAUAAAAGGUGUCAUUUCACCCCACUUUCUCGUGUAUCUUAGGUCUACGGACAUGUAAGUCAAACACAGUGUCGGUUUUUGAAAAUAAUUAAGUUGAUUAUGUGCAAUCUGCAAUUGCUUCACAAAUUUUAUACUAUAAUGUUUUAUUU